AAAAUUCCCCCUUGUUGCCUGUGUGCAGAGAGAGAUCACCUACAAAAUACCUGCCCAGCACGAUUUUGUUUCAACUGCUGUUUGCCUGGACACUGUUCUAGGGAGUGCCUUGAGAGAGCUUAUUGGCAUAAACAUUGUAACCGCUGUGAUAUGAAAGGCCAUUAUGCUGAUGCUUGCCCAGAAAUAUGGAGGCAGUAUCACCUAACAACCAGACCAGGAUCAAUCAAGAAGUCCAGUUCGUAUUCUGAGCAUUCUGCUUUGGUGUACUGCUACAACUGCUCCCAGAAAGGACAUUAUGGAUAUGAGUGCUCAGAGAAGCGGAUGUACAAUGGGGCAUUCCCUUCUUCCCCAUUCAUCUACUACUAUGAUGAUAAGUAUGACAUCAAGAGGAGAGCUCAGAGGGCAAAGAGAAAGGUUGAAGAACUUCAAGAAGCCGGCCUUUUGCCAGCGCAGUUCAAGAGACUGCGCAAGGAGGAAGAGCGCAGGGGACAGUGUCUUAAGAAAAAGAAAAACCUUUGGAAAGAGCAUGUCAAGAGUCCUAAAGAAGAAAAGCGCCACAAAAAGGCCAAUAAAAAGUCCUGGGCAGAGGAACGCAAAGAGAAGAAACACAAGAAAGAGGUCCAAAGGAAUAACGACCAGGAGGAGGACUUUCCUAGGGGGGGUAGAACACACUCCCCUAAGGGCAGCACAAAGCAUCACAGCUCUGCCUUCUCUCCACAUGGCAGGAAAACAAAAAAUGGCCAGGAACUGCUGGAUGCAGCUAAAAAGAAGAAGAAAAAGAGAAGGCAGAGAAACAAGAAAGACAGUAGUUCCACCAUUGAUGAGAGCUUAUUCCUUAUAAAACAGAGGAAAAAGAAAUCAAAACAGGAAUCCAGCUGCUAACCUGUCAACAGAAAGCUACGGUGGGAGGGGGGCGUAACUCACCACCGUUUUGCCAUGGUAUUUUUCUGACCCUGUGCUAAGAUGUAGAAUUUGAAUCCACCUUUGCAUACAGGCUUGGAUGUGUAAAACCAACACGACAAAGAAUACUGAGCUUGUGACUCUCAGCUUCUUAAAGAGAGUAUUUGCCAACGGGUAGGAAGUGGUU